AUGUCGCCUCCCAUUCCGGUCACCAUAAUCACCGGCUUUCUCGGCGCGGGCAAAACAACAAUCAUCCUUAAUCUGAUCCCCCAAGUCCCCCCAGACUACCGGCUAGCUCUUCUAAAAAACGAGUUUGGGGAUCUGGCCGUGGACUCUCAAUUAGCGUCUGCAAACUCCAUUUCCGGCGUCCGCGAGCUUCUCAACGGAUGCAUCUGCUGCAACCUCGUGGGACAACUGGGCGACGCCCUCCUCCAACUCUGUGAUGAAGUAAAUCCAGACCGGAUCGUCAUUGAGACGAGCGGCAGCGCAUUCCCCGCCACGUUGGCAAUGGAAGUGAACCGAAUCUCGCGUGAGAAUGAUGGCAAAUUCGUAUUAGAUGGAGUCAUCAGCGUGAUAGACGUGGAGAACUGGGAGGGCUACGAUGACACCUCAUACACGGCGAAGUUGCAGGCGAAGUACACAGAUCUGAUUAUUUUCAAUAAAUGGGAGGACGUACCGGAGGACCGGUUUGAUGUGUGUUUAGACCGCGUGGCAGAUCUGGAGCUUGACACGGCCUGGGUUAAGUCUGCAAAGGGUUUCGUGGACAAGGACGUCUUGUUGGGAAUUGAUGGGGCGUUGCUGGCCAAGGAGAUAUCUGAUCGCGGACAUGCUUCAUUGGAUCUUGUGUUGUUAAACGGAACUGAUAAUACGGCGGCCAAGGAGGCUUAUGUGCAAGAGCAUAGUCAUGGGCUUGGUGAGCCUCGGGAAAAUGAGCAUCAGUCCGAGGUGGACGUGCUCUCGGUUUCGCUUACCAGCUCUCAGCCGUCCGACACUGUCAAUACGGAGGCAUUCACUACGCUCCUCUUAUCCGCGCCCAAGGAUGAGGUCUACAGGAUAAAAGGCAUUAUCCAAUUCCCAGCUGAUUCACCUCCGGAAGACUCGUCAGGAGAAAAGGCUCAGGCGCCUACACCAAAACCGACACUAGCACCCACAAGGGACGAAGGAAAUGGAAAUGUUGAUGGAGCUGUCGCACCUGACAGAGGAACAGCCACCAUCAAGACGCAUAAUUACAUCCUGAACUGGGCGUUUGGCCGAUGGACGUAUACUCGCUCUCCGGCUUCCAUAGGCAAUGCUUCUAGAACUAGUAAAGAAGGCGCAAGAACGGUACCUCCCGAAAGCGCCAUAAUUGCAUCUAUGACACUCAUCCUUGCCAGAGGUGAAUCUCACAAGUGGACGCGGAAACUAGAGAGUGAAGGGCUGUUGGAGGUCGCAGGUGACUCUGCAGAAAAUAGGCGGGGAGUGACAAAGGUGGAGCGGCUUGCUUGA